GUUGUACUCAAUUUAAGUGAGUAAAUAAAUGGAAUUCAGUUAAAAGAUGGAUGUAGACGUAUUUGAUGAAGAUGUAGAUGGGUGUAUUGAAAGCAUUCACGUGCGUAAUUUUUUCUGUCACGAUAAUUUGGAAGUGAACUUUAAUAGAAAUUUAAAUUUCAUUGUUGGUCGCAACGGCAGUGGUAAAAGUGCUAUUUUAACGGCUCUUGUUGUCGGUUUGGGAAGCAGAGCUUCUGCUACUAACAGAGGAAACAGUUUGACUUCUUUUAUAAAAAACGGCGCCAAUUCAGCGGUAGUGGAGGUUAAAGUGAAGAAUAGUAGUCGAAGAGCUUAUAAACAUGAAGUCUAUGGCAAUUAUAUCACUAUUGUGAGGAACAUUAAUGCAUCUGGCGGGUCCAGCUAUAAGAUCAAAUCUGCUACAGGAGAGAUAAAAUCAACAAAGUUUGAAGAAGUGAAUGCGAUAUGCCUAGCUCACGACAUUCAAGUGGACAACCCAAUAUCGGUAUUAAAUCAGGACGACGCGCGCAGCUUCCACGCCUCCGACGCCAAAAAGAAGUAUUCUUUAUUUCGUAAAGCUACAAACUUGGAUCAGACUGAAACUAAUUACAACAGCGCUAUUGCAAACUGUGAUAGAGCUAAGAAUGUCUUGAAACGGAAGCUUGAUGCUUUUAUAGAACUAGAAAAGGAAUACAAAAAAUGGAAAGCUAAUCAUGAACAAAUGAAAUCACGCGACGAAAUUGAAGCACAGAAACAAGCUUUACAGAACGAAUAUUAUUGGAGUGAAAUAGCUGAGUUAGAGCGCGAGGCGGCAACUGUACAGGCGCAGUAUGAUAAGCAAAAUGCGAGAAUCGAGAGGCUUAUGGAAAGGCUUAGAAAUAUGGAGCAGAAUUUUGGCAGUAACAGUGACACUAUUGAUAAAUUGAAGAGUGAACUGCAAGAUAAAAGGGCCCACAAAACGUCUUUGGAAGAAGACCUGCGGGCUCACGAGUUGGAAGUACGCGAGACGCAAGCUGUGUGGCAGAAUGCACAGAGCAUUAUGAAGAAACACACUGAGCUGUUGAACAGGGAAAAACGAAAUGUCGCUCAAUUGGAGGCUGAGAUACAAAACAUUGACUCGGGCAGCGCGACGUCGCUGCGGGCCGACCUGGAGAAGCGGCUGGCGGAAGCCUCUGAGGCGGCGCGGGCGGCCUGCGCGCGCUACGACACGGCGUCCAACGACGCGGCGCAGGCCAGGGCGCACGCGGCGCGCGCGCAGGCCGGCGCCGAGCAGCAGGCGGCCAGGGCCAAGCAGCAUCAGGCGGGCGUUGAACAAUUGCGUCAACAACUGCGCGAACUGUCCUCUCGCGGCAACGACUCACUGGCCGUAUACGGGAACAACAUGGUUGAGCUAGUUCGCCGCGUCAAGCAGGCCGCCGCCAGGGGCGCCUUCAGCGCGCCCCCUAGGGGACCCAUUGGAGCAUAUUUGAAAGUGAAGGAGAAGAAGUGGGGCGGAGCUCUGGAACACAUAAUCGGCGGCUCGAUCCAGUCGUUCUGCGUCAAUACACCCGACGACUCGCGCAAGCUCUUCGAAAUUAUGGGCCAGGUAUACGGCAACUCGGGCAAGCCCGCCGUAACUUGCAGCAAGUUUCUAUCGAAGCAACACGACGUGAGUCGCAACAGGGUCCGCGCAUCCGGUUUCCUCUGCGCGUUAGACUCGUUGGAGAUCUCGGACCCCGUCGUUGCUAACUUCUUGAUCGAUAACAUCGGCAUGGAGAGUGUGCUGCUUGUUCCUAAUCACGACGACGCGACUCGGCUGUCGGACACGGAGGAGAACGUGCCGGAGAACUGCGCAAAGAUUGUGACUCUGGAUUGUUCAGAGUACUACCCCGCGCCUAACUAUCGGAGCUAUGGCGGCUCUUCAAGGCCUUCGCGGUUUUUACAUCUCAGUACUGCCGAGAGGAAAACGUAACUGUCUAUUCCUAUGGUUCUAUUCGUGAAAUAGU